UUUUUUUUCUUCAUGUAUAAAUUGAUAAACUGAGAACAUAUUAAUCGGCAUCUCCAUUCAUUACUACUUUACAAUCAUUCAGUAGAGCAUUGAUAACAUCUGCACUUUCUCGGUUGCGCCGAAAAUUAUUAUAAGCACAACCCUUACGACAACCACUGCCACAUUUAUAAUUUAAAUCCACGGCGCUUAGUGGUGAUUAUUUCGGAUACCAAUGUUCAUUUGCACCUCAGCCGUCCUCGCGGCUGUCGCCUUCCUUGUCGGACCUGCGACAGCAAAAACUGACAUCGGUGGGUGUGUGUCCACGCAAACUGUGGCCUACGGUGGCGCCAGCCUCAUCUGGUAUGUCCCAGACACAGGCGAGAUCUGCGAGUUCCUCGACUGCGGCGGCGGACGUGCGCCGCCAAAGACAACCGUCCCCGGCUGCCCUUCCUAUGAAGGCACGGCCACGUACUCGCCCAGCUACUUGCCCGGAUUCGGAGCCACCGUGACGUCGACGUCUUCCACCAUCGUCGUGGCUACCGAGUCGUCUGCAUCGGAGGGUGCUUCUUCCGAGAUUGUUUCCUCGCCACCCGUAACUAAAUCUGCGGUAACGGUCACCUCGUCCGUGCCUGCGCAGACUCAGACGGAUUCAAGUUCGAUCACUGCAUCUCUUUCUGUUACGGGCUCGUCAAGUAGCAGUGUAUCUACGGGUGGUGCAGCACUUCCCACUGGGUCAAUAAAGGGUCCUAUCGGUAUCAUGGCUGGACUAGCUGUUGGUGUUGCUAUAUUGUGAGACGGCUCUUAAACAUACCUAGGUAGAGUUAGGUGAUCAACUGGGUCAUACGAAUUGUAGAGACUGUCCUUAGCUUCGAUGUACACGACUGACGGACACCGGUUCUAUUUCGAUUGCAGAAGUAUGCCAGAUGAAUCGACCGUGAUAAUAUGUA